AGCACCGCACCAUCGUGAUCGCAACAAGGAAAGGUCUGAGCGAGGAACUCUAAGAAGGUGUGGGACGGUGAAACUGAAUGGUGAAAGAACAACGAUCAUUCGUCUUUUUAAUUCUGACUUUCGUAAACCCCAGCAACAAAGUAGACGAAAAUUAGCUGCGCUUCAUAUCCAGGACCCUUACCGAAGGAACCAUGGAUUAUGCGACUAGAAAAACUUCAGUAAAACUUGUCUUGCUGAUUUUAACAGUGAUCAGGAGCAGUCAUGCUCUGGUGGACAGGACAGUGGAGGAGAGCCUCCCAGUGCAGUUAUAUUCUCAUCACCUGAGUCGAGUGGAUGGAAGCAAAGUUAUCUCCUGUGAUUUCGAAUCCCCAUGUUCCUGGAGCAUAUCCAAUCACAGCACUGGUGGAGAUUGGUAUGUUACAUCACCACAGCAACACAGGCCCACUAGAUGGGAUGUGCAACCAAUAAUGGAUCAUUCUGUUGGAGAUUUUAAAGGUCAUUUCCUGAUUUUAAAGCCCAACUCAGUCCUAGGUGCUUCUGGGAGCUGUACAUUUCACAUCACCAGUCCGGUAGUGCUGAGUAGCGGGCCGCUGUGUCAGGUCCGUUUGGCUUGCUUUCAACCGGAGCCCAAAAGGGGAAACGUGACUGUCUCUGUGAAACUGACUGACUCUGUCAUCAUCAGCUCGCCACCCUUCAUCAACAGGGAGCAAGAUGGCAACAGGGCAUCUUGGGAGGUACUGGAAGCACUGAUCGGUAAAAUGGAUGAGCCUUUCGAGGUGACAGUGCAGUACACUUCUUGUAGUGGUCAUGAUGUUGGACUGGUGGCCAUUGAUUCACUGGAGCUGAAGGACUGUCAUAUUGAAAACCAUGAUUUUGAGCAGCGCUCAGAAUGUGACGAGCAUGCCACCUUUCAUUGUAAUUUGGGGGGCUGUAUAGACAAACGUCGAGUGUGCGAUUUUCAUGCUGACUGCCCCCUGGGGGAAGAUGAGGGCAUCAUUUGUGAUACCUUACCCCUGGGGUCAUACUGUUCAUUUGAGUCUGGCUCCUGUGAGUGGUCAGCUUCUGAUGAACACUAUUCCUGGAUGCUGGCCAGGGGAGAACAACUAUCUGAAAGCACUGACCUUUUAGGAGCGACUCUCCAAAACACUCAAGGUCACUUCCUGUUUCUAAAGGUCAGAAGUAAUGUCAAGAGCAAUGAAGCAUUCAUUCAAAGCCCAACUCUUCCCUUGUCUGCGUCUAGUCCAGAGUGUCAGUUGCAGUUUUCACUGUAUCUGUAUGGGGAUUUUAAUGGCACAGUGCUACUGUUGAUGGUAGAAAAUGGUAAUGUAACAAAUCCAAUAUUGUGGGAAAGAACUGGACAGUGGAAGGACAUCUGGCAAGAUGUCACUCUGCAGAUCACCAACCUCCGAACAAAUAGGUUCCAUCUGAGAGUACAAAUCCUGUGGGCUUCAGGCUCACAGGCUGACAUCGCGCUGGAUAACAUUGCUUUAAGUGCAACAUGUUUUGACUCAGAUCUCAACACAAUGCCUCAUGGUCAACGACUCCUUCAUGAUUUAGACUCCAAAACCAAGCUGGACAUCCCAAGCCCCCUUCCUGAGCCUUCUGUAUCAGAGUUGUCCCAGAUGACAUGGAGCUUCACCUCCUGUGGUGCCAGUGGCCCUCAGGGGCCCACUCAAGCCCAGUGUAACAAUGUCUACCGCAACACCAAUGUCAGCGUGCUAGUUGGGAAAGAAGGACCCCUCAGAGGUGUUCAGAUGUGGAGGGUCCCUGCCACCAACCAAUACAAGAUCUCUGGCUAUGGAGCUGCAGGGGGAAAUGGGGCCAAAAACCACAACAAUCGGUUGCAUGGUGUCGUCCUCUCAGCCAUCUUCACACUAAAGAAGGGGGACAUCCUUUAUCUCCUGAUUGGACACCAGGGUGAAGAUGCUUGCCCAGGGAGGAACCCUCUGACUCAAAAGGUCUGUUUGGGCGAAUCAUCUCUAAUUGAGGAGGGGGUUGACAGUGAUGGCUCAGCUGGGGAUUUGGCGGGUGGCGGAGGAGGUGGUGGGGGAGCCACUUUCAUCUUUCGGAUGGAGAACGGGGAGCCAGUGCCUCUACUGAUAGCAGCAGGUGGGGGUGGAAAAGCAUACCUGGAAGACCCUGACAGCGGUUUGGACCACGCCCCUUUGGAACAGUACGAGAAUGACAUGCUGGCUGCAGGAGUCAAUGGCAGAACUGGAGGGGGGGGAGGGGGAUGGAGGGACUCCACUACACACAACAGGGCAGGGAAAUCUCUGCUGGAAGGGGCAGAAGGGGGCUCACCCUGCCCUCAGGCCUUGUCCUCGCUCGACUGGGUGACCUUUGGAGGGUUUGGGGGAGGAGGGGGCGCCUGUACUGCAGGAGGUGGUGGAGGAGGAUACAGAGGUGGUGGUGUAUCCCACACUGAUGACAUCACAGCCGAUGGGCAGGAUGGCAUUUCUUUUGUCCACCCCUCAGGAGAGAUAUUUCUGCAGCCUUUGGCAGCCAUGGAGAGUCACGGGGAGGCUGAGAUUACAGUGCACCUGAACUGCAGCCACUGUCAGACUCAGAGCUGCAAGAAGGACGAUGACACCAGGCUUAUCCUCUGCAUUUGUCAUAGCGAGGAGGUGCUUGCUCCAGACAAUGUCACUUGCAGAGUGGUUACUCAGGGCUCAGUGGCAGAGGGGCACCCAUCCCUGUCUCUGAUCCUGGCGGUGGUGGUCUCCACAAUGGUGAUGGGUGUCGUAUUUUCCUGCACUUGCCUCACUCUCAUCUACUUCCGCAAGAAGAACAACCUGCAUGCUGUCCUGGUCCACCUGCAGAGCCCGGAACACAAGCUGAGCAAGAUCCGCUCUUCCACCAUUAUGACGGACUAUAACCCUAACUACUGCUUCUCUGGCAAGGUGGUAUCACUGAGCGAGCUGAAGGAGGUGCCACGCAAGAACAUCACCCUCCUUAGAGCAUUGGGGCAUGGUGCUUUUGGGGAGGUAUAUGAAGGGCAGGUUCUGGGUAUGAAUGGAGACAACACCACCAUGCAGGUCGCGAUCAAGACUCUUCCUGAAAUCUGUUCUGAGCAAGAUGAAAUGGAUUUCCUCAUGGAAGCACUGAUUAUGAGUAAGUUUAACCAUCACAACAUAGUUUGCUGCAUCGGAGUCAGUCUGCAGAUCCUACCCCGUUUUAUUCUUCUGGAACUCAUGACUGGGGGAGACAUGAAAAGCUUCUUGAGACAGAACCGCCCCAAAGCUAACCAGCCCUCUUCUCUGACGAUGAUGGAGCUGCUGUGCAUGGCCAGAGACAUUGCGUUCGGCUGCCAGUACCUAGAGGAGAACCACUUCAUUCACAGAGACAUUGCUGCACGAAACUGCCUGUUGACUUGUCCGGGUCCUGAGAGAGUUGCCAAAAUUGGAGAUUUUGGAAUGGCGCGUGACAUAUACAGGGCCAGUUACUACAGGAAAGGUGGCCAUGCUAUGUUGCCAGUGAAAUGGAUGCCACCUGAAGCCUUCUUGGAGGGCAUCUUCACCUGCAAGACUGACACCUGGUCAUUUGGGGUACUGCUCUGGGAGAUUUUCUCCCUGGGCUAUAUGCCAUACCCAUGCAAGACCAAUCAGGAAGUAUUGGAAUUUGUGAUGAGUGGAGGGCGAAUGGACCCUCCUAAAAGUUGCCCAGGGCCUGUGUAUCGCAUCAUGACACAAUGUUGGCAACACUGCCCAGAACAUCGGCCAGACUUCUCCACUAUUUUAGAGAGGAUCAACUACUGCACUCAGGACCCUGAUGUGAUCAAUACGCCUCUCCCAGUGGAACAUGGGCCAGCUGUGGAGGAUGAGAGCAGUAUAGUGAUCCAUCCAGAAGGGUCUGGAAGUAUGAACCCUUUUCUGGUGACCCAAUCCAUGUCACAGGACACACCUGUGCAGCCUGCCAUUUCCACCCCUCUCUCUCAGGUUCACAAACCUCACCUGCUGCUACAACGGCCACCCCAAAUGCCUCUGCAGGCCACCCGGUGUGAAGCUUUGGAGCCAUGUUGGGCUGACCUGGUUCCUACUAAUGGAUCCUGCUCUGGGUCCUGGCUCCAGGUUCCAGAGCACCGUCGAUGCUCCAGAUCGAGCUCCUCCUCAGGCAGCCAGAAGUUGAAGAACAAGGCCAAGAACCUCUGGAACCCAACUUAUGGUUCCUGGAUUCUGGAGGGCUUUGGACGGGGAAAGACAGUACUGUGCCACACGCGAUCCAUGCCUCUGUCCUUCACCGACACCCCUCUGUCUUUCUCUACCUCUCCCUUUGAACAGAACAACUCUGGAAUAGAAGUCAAUACCCCAUCCUCAAGCAUGCCUCCUGCUCCCUCUCAGAUGACCUCCAGUCCUGCAGGGUCUUCUAGUCUUGCAUCACGGAAAGGGCCAGCUAAGGCUGCAGGGGGCUCCUUCACUGCAGUCAUGAACUUGGCCAAGCUCCAGACCUUUCCUUGUGGCAACGUAAAUUAUGCCUAUGACAAGCAGAGAGUUGAGGCUGAGAGUCUGCCCCACAUGCUUGCCAGGUAUGCACAACCCAGCACCAGCUCUGCAAUUAGCUCCUCACUAGCGGUGUUUGGCUUGGCUGACACUGUUGCCCACAAACCACGCGUGAAACGUUAUUCCAGCUACAGACACGAAGACAUCAGAAGGCAUACCAAGCCCGAGAAGCCCACAGGGGACCGAGAUUCAGGCUUCUCACUGUCUGAAGACCUUAGUGUUACCCCUGUGUAACGUUUCAGAAUUGUGCACUUACUGAAGAAUCGAAGAGUCAUACCACUGAUAAAAACAUCUCACAUUGUUCCAGUUGGCCUGCAGAUCAGCUGACUUUUUAUUGUUUGGUCUUUUUGCAUAUGGAUCACAAGAAUUUUCCAUGACUGAAAACAUCACAAAACAUGAGCUGGACAUGAAAGCUACUUACUGCUGAAGAACACACACAAUAUUGCUGCUGUAGAGAUGAAGGACAUGACAGAACCAUAACAUUGUCACUUCUAUUUGAUAGUUCGAAUUGGUUGAUGAAUUCUGUGAGAACUUGCACAAAGCAGAUAGCAAGCCUCUUGCUUCCACUUUGUGGUAUAAACACAUAGGAUUCUCAGCCACACUUAGCACUGUGAAAACAUACAUUAGGCUAAUUUUAAGUAACAAAUAAGAGACACCUUGUAAACUUCUGCCAUCUUUCAAGGAACCAGCAUUAGAUGUAAACUGAUGUAUUAGCAAAGGCUAAGACAUUCUUGAUAAGCAUUUAAUAGUCCUUGUCUAGAGAGAACUAAAGAAAUACAGCAGUUUCUAAAAUGAUCUUGGAAAAUUGCAAAUAAAUUAAAGUCCUUUUUAUUUGUUUCUCAUAAUAAGGUAUAUAAAUAUGAUGAAAUGUAUAUUAACCUUGAAUGCUGCUACAAUUACCAUAAAAUCUAUAUGCUGAUUUAAAAACAGAAAGGGCAGUAUAGUAAUUGCUCUAUUGUCUGAGAAACUUGUGUUAAAUUUUGCUUAAAAAAUAGCAAUUUCAUAAUUGAGGCCGUUGAUAAAGCUAGAAAAAUAAUUAUUGAACCUAAAUCAUCAAAAUUAUUUGCGUUUGGUAAAAACUUUAAAAGAAUAUUUCCAGAUGUAACCAGGAAUGUGGUUAUUGAUGUUAAAUGUUGAAGGACCCACUGGGAAUGUGUUCUGAACUGAUGUAUAGUUAGCAUUUUUCAAGCUUAUGUUGAGUUUAUGAAAAUUCUUGUUUUUAUGCACUGCCAGUGUGUGGUAAAUGGACAGUUUUGUUUUUUUAAAAUUAAUUAAUUAAAAAAAUUUUAAAUAAAUUUUUUGUAUAGUACUAUUGACAUUACUUUCCUUUUUUUCAUUUAAAAUAUUUGAUGAAAUGUGUAGUGUUUUAACCAUGGCAUAAAACCUGUAAAAUCUGAGAUAAGGAGAUUGAAAUUCUCUUUGCAUUUUGUUUAUGCUGACUUUUCGAUGGAAUGGAAUGGAAGAUGGAUUUACAUUUGUGUUAUAUACUCUGGCAGUGAAUGUAAUAUCCAACGCUGUGUGUCCCAUAUGCUAAACUGGAGAGCACCAAGCUAUGUGUUAUUCAGUUAUUCUGGCCUGAAGGAUCACAAUCACAAUGAAGUUGCUACUCUAAGAUAUAACUUUCUCAGUACCGAGGGUUUUAUUUUCAUUGCUUACACAUGUAACAUCUUUUACAUGUUAUUCUCAUGUCUUAACAUAUUCUUGAAAUCUGGAUGUGAAAUUACAAUGACAAUUUUUAAAUAUGGUCAGGGAUAAACUAGCUUUAUGAGGUGAAACUACUUACAGUUCAUUAUACUUUUGGUUUCUGCAUUUUACAUUUCAAACUUCCAUUGAAAUAGUUUCUUUCUUUCUCUAAAACUCUGUUAUAGAACAUAACAUCCAAGUAUAUAUUAAACCUAUUAGCUCUACCUUUAAUAUUUUAUACUUGCAAAUUUAUUUCUUUAUGUUUGUAUAUUUCUGUCAUGUCUUUUCAUUGCAGAUACAUGUAUCUAUAUUGGGGUAACAUAAUUAGCUUCUCUUAUCCAUUAAAAAUAAA